GCGGAAGCAAUUGUUCGGGUCACAUUCAACAAGCCAUUUCGAAGUCAUAUCCCAUCCAAGAGAGGCAAUUGGUCCCGUCGCAAGAAAAAAAAGAUCCCAUACCCUCGAGCAAUCAUCCCCAGUUUCGCCAUCGUGAGCCGUUCAAAGACCCCACCGGGGCCUUUCACCUCUAUAUAACCACCGAAAAUGUCCCUUGUCAACCUCGCCCAUGUUUGCUCCCACAUAACAAAUGCCUCCAAAGCCCGCCUCUCAACAACCUCUGUUCCAUACACCAAGCUCCACCAGAAUGUCCUGCAUGCGUUCCGCCAUACCGGUCUCAUUUCGUCCGUUGUUCUAGGGGGCGCAACUCCCCCACCCCCUCACUUCCUUCUGAACCAACCCUCUGCUGAGGAGCUGGCUGAGAUUUUGGACCCCGUCACAAAAGAGAACAUUGCAUCUCGUCGGUUAUGGGUGGGCCUAAAAUACUGGCAGAGUGAACCGUUAAUUACCAAAAUAUCCCUGAUUAGCAAACCUACACGCCGUGUCACUCUUGAUCUCCCAUCUCUCCGCCAAAUCGUCAGGGGUAACGAGGCUAGGCACGUUGAUGGACUCCGAUCUCCCGGAGAAUGUAUAUUCCUCUCGACGUCGAAGGGUGUAUUCGAAGCUAGAGAGUGCGUGGAGCGAAGUGUCGGAGGAUAUGCGCUGUGUAGAGUCGUCUAAUGGGUAUUUUGAAAUUCUGUUGCAUGAUAAUUGGAGUUCCUGGGCGGGUUUUCGCGUGCUACCUUGAGGGCAAAAACACGCUCCCUUUGGACCGGCACGCCAUCUUGUAUAUUAUUAGAUAUGUUCUGAUCGUGUACUCCGUACUCUUAUCGGUUCUUUUCAAGGCAAAUAGAAACGAUCUUCCCUUG